AUGGAAUUUUCUUGGCGAGGAAACCCGGAAUCCGGGCAUCUGCUGCUCUCGAUUUUACUGCUCUCUGUCUGGAAGGCUACAUGUAGUAGACAGAUCCACUACUCCGUACCCGAGGAGGCCAAACACGGCACCUUUGUGGGACGCAUCGCACAGGACCUGGGGCUGGAACUGGAAGAGUUGGUGCCCCGCCUGUUCCGGGUGGUGCCCAAGGACAACGGAGACCUUCUGGAGGUAAAUCUACAGAAUGGCAUUUUGUUUGUGAAUUCUCGGAUCGACCGGGAGGAGCUGUGCGGGCAGAGCGCGGAGUGUAGCAUCCACUUAGAGGUGAUCGUGGACAGACCGCUGCAGGUUUUCCAUGUGGAGGUGGAGGUGAAGGACAUUAACGACAACCCUCCUGCAUUCCCAGUAAAGGAACAAAAGCUGUUUGUUUCAGAAUCCAGGCCGCUUGACUCUCGGUUUCCACUAGAGGGCGCGUCGGAUGCAGAUAUUGGAGCGAACUCAGCUUUAACCUACAAGCUUAACUCUAAUGAUUAUUUCAUACUAAGCGUGAAUUUAAAGAACGAGGAGAAUAAACAGGUUGAGCUAGUAUUAAGAAAAUCCUUGGACAGAGAGGAUGCUCCUGAACAUAAUUUACUCCUGAUAGCCACCGAUGGAGGCAAACCUGAGCUCACAGGCUCUGUUCAACUGCUGGUCACCGUGCUGGAUGUGAAUGAUAAUGCUCCUAGUUUUGAAAGAUCUGAAUAUGAAGUGAGACUAUUGGAAAACUCAGACAGAGGAACUACAGUUGUGAGACUGAAUGCUUCUGAUCGGGAUGAAGGAACGAAUGGGGCAAUUUCAUACUCUUUUAAUAGUCUUGUUCCACCCAUGGUUACUGACCAGUUUAGUUUAGAUGCAAACACUGGAGAAAUAACAAUUCAAGGGAGCUUGGAUUUUGAACAAGUAAAUGUAUACAAACUCCGCAUUGACGCGACAGACAAAGGCCACCCUCCAAUGGUGGGCCAUUGCACCGUUUUAGUGAGAGUUUUGGAUGAAAAUGAUAAUGUUCCUCAGAUUGCAAUGACGUCCUUAUCAUUGCCUGUCCGGGAGGACGCACAGUUCGGUACCGUCAUUGCCCUGAUCAGCGUGUCAGAUCGUGACUCUGGAGCCAACGGACAGGUGACCUGUUCCCUGACGCCUCAUGUCCCCUUCAAGCUGAUAUCCACUUUCAAGAACUACUACUCGCUGGUGCUGGAUAGCGCCUUGGACCGCGAGAGCACAUCUGACUAUGAGUUGGUGGUGACCGCAAGGGACGGGGGCUCGCCUUCGCUGUGGGCCACUGCCAGCUUGUUGGUGGAGGUGGCGGAUGUGAACGACAACGCGCCAGUGUUCGCGCAGCCCGAGUACACGGUGUUCGUGAAGGAGAACAACCCGCCAGGCUGCCACAUCUUCACGGUGUCCGCGCGUGACGCGGAUGCGCAGGAGAACGCGCUGGUGUCCUACUCUCUGGUGGAGCGGCGUGUGGGCGAGCGUGCGCUGUCGAGCUACGUGUCGGUGCACGCGGAGAGCGGCAAGGUGUAUGCACUGCAGCCUCUGGACCACGAAGAGCUUGAGAUGCUGCAGUUUCAGGUGAGCGCACGCGACGCCGGCGUGCCGCCCCUGGGCAGCAAUGUGACUCUGCAAGUAUUCGUGCUUGAUGAGAAUGACAACGCACCCAUACUAUUGGGACCUUGGACACAAGGAGCAGGUGGCUCAGUGAAUGAAUUGGUGCAGUGGUCGGUUGGUGUGGGCCACGUGGUGGCGAAGGUGCGAGCAGUGGACGCUGACUCAGGGUACAAUGCUUGGCUGUCCUAUGAAUUGCUGCCAGCGGCAGGUGGCACACGCAGCCCGUUUCGAGUAGGGCUGUACACUGGCGAGAUCAGCACCACGCGUGCUCUGGAUGAGGCAGAUGCCCCGCGCCAGAGUCUGCUGAUUCUGGUGAAGGACCAUGGAGAGCCGUCGCUGACUGCCACUGUCACAGUGCUGAUAUCUCUAGUGGAAAGCUGGCAAGCCCCCAAAGCCUCUUCUAGGACUUUAGCGGGUGCUGUGGGUCAGGAAACGGCAGUGGUGAGUGUGAACGUGUACUUGAUCAUCGCCAUCUGCGCUGUGUCCAGUCUGUUGGUGCUCACGCUGCUGCUGUACACAGCUCUGCGGUGCUCGGCAGGGCCCACUGAGGGCGAGUGCGUGUCUGGGAAGCCCAUGCUGGUGUGCUCCAGCGCGGUGGGGAGCUGGUCUUAUUCACAAAAGAGGAGGCAGAGGGUGUGCUCUGGAGAGGUCCAACCCAAGACAGACCUCAUGGCCUUCAGCCCCAAUCUUCCACAAUGUCCAGAAUCAGUCGAUGUGCAUGAACAGCAAGAUUUAAACGUUGAUCAUUGUAUUCAAGUAAGUGCCUAUAUAUUUAGAAAUUUUAAA